AUGAAAAAGAAGUACAACUCGGAAGAGAUGAAAAAGAAGUACAACUCGGAAGAGAUGAAAAAGAAGUACAACUCGGAAGAGAUGAAAAAGAAGUACAACUCGGAAAAGAUGAAAAAGAAAUACAACUCGGAAGAGAUGAAAAAGAAGUACAACUCGGAAGAGUUGAAAAAGAAGUACAACUCGGAAGAGAUUAAAAAGAAACUGGGUUUGAACGAGGCUUCCAACAUCAACUUCCUUUUGUUGUCUAUCACAGAUGUUGGUGGACUUGUCUCUGCGCUGCUUUUCGGAAUCUUUAUCAAUCCCUUGCUGACUGGCCUUCAAUUACUACCGUUCGAUCCGCUGGCUGUGGGAUAUAUAUUUGCAGCAUGGCCAAGAGCGUAUUUCUCCAAGAUGACGUGUUGGAUCACAGUUUACAUAACAGUGGAGAGAUGUCUGUGCAUUGUAUCCCCGCUGAAGGUCAGAGACAUCUUGACCCCAAGCAGAACUGUAUUUAUUCUAACUGCUAUCUACGUAUCCAUCUUCUUCAUCCACUUUAUACGAUUCUUUAUGGGCACGCUCUUUCUGACUUAUUACAUAGACUCGGUGAACAACAGGACCUGGCUGGGACUUGGUGUCAGUCCCAACUACAGCGACGGUGACAAAAUAUCAGGCACCGCCAGCACCGUGGCAUUCCUCGUCCCCUUCCUCAUCUCCGUGGUGUCUACCUCUGUCCUGACGUUUGAGCUUCACCAGACAGGGAAAUGGCGUAGAGCAAUAGCUUCCCAAGAUGAUUACAAAACUGCCAAACUAAUCAAGCGUGAUCACUCCAUUAGUAAGACCAUCGUGCUGCUGUCUACGGCUCUAAUUGUAAGCUAUAUUCCCAACACAGUCAACUGCAUCCUGCCGACAGUGCUGGACGGCUUUAAGCUGUUUGGAAAGUACAACAAUCUGUACAUCGUCACGUGGUCAUUUGCUUACGUCUUCGAGUCCAUCAAUUCCAGCACGAGUCUCAUCAUAUACUACGUAAUGAGCAGUAAAUACAGAAAAACUUUUAAUUCUAUUUUUAAUUCUCCAUAA